CACCUGGCGCAGGCCAGCAGGAACGGCGUGCGCGGCGCCUACGUCGGCGGCGCCGCCGUGCUGGGCGGAGGCGCGGCAAAGACCUGCGUGCGCUUCAUCGCAUACGAUCGUAUCUGUGCCUCUCUGCGCAACGACGAGGUGGGUGCCUUGGCCUGUGCAAACAUCCACGCAUGGCGCGGGUGAACUCGGCGACUGAAGCAGCGCCACACCCUCACUGCUUUGCACAGGGCGUCACCACGGGCGGCCGUGCUCUGUUCGCCGGCAUGUCCGCCGGCCUCCUCGAGGCCCUGCUCGUCUCCGUGCCGGCCGAGACACUCAAGACUCGGCGUCUGGCGUCUGGCCUCUCCUACUCCGCCCUGAUGCAGCACGGCCUGCGCGGCGUGUACGCCGGCGUGCUGCCGACGAUUCUGCGGCAGGGCCUGCAUGGCGCCGUGCGCUUUGGCAGCUAUUCCAGCAUGAAGAACUUCGUGCAAGGGAGCACGAGACCGGGACAGGCACUGCCCGGCGGCAUCACGUUUGCACUGGGCGCAGUGGCGGGCCUCAUUACUGUCUGCGCUACUCAACCACUCGACGUCGUCAAGACGCGCAUGCAAGAACGCACGCCCGGCGCCGCGCCGCUGCCCGGCGUCUGGUCGCUGGCGCGCCACAUCAUGCGCACCGAAGGCACACGUGCGCUCUGGCGCGGCGCCACGCCGAGACUGUGUCGCCUCAUCGUCGGGGGUGGCGUGACGUUCCUGUGUUACGAAGAGGUCGUCUACUUGGCCAACGGCGGCAUGUAGGCAUCGCUCCUCUUCUCACCUCUGCCCUCAGCAGGCCCUUCUCUAGAUUCUUCACGCGCCGCAAUGGGGACACAGUACUGCAUCGUCAUGAGCGGAAGAACUGCGCCGCGUCGUGCAGGCGGUCAAAGACGAGCGUGACGUACGACGUCUCGUUGAGCAGGCCCUCGAAGUACUGGAUCGCCUCCUCCUCGCCGAGAUC